AUGAACUUGGAACAGUCAGAGUCUGGGGCUACUAUAACUGGAAGUGAAUCGAUCACAGGGCUACUUCAGUUAAUCAAGGGAAAUGUACCAAAGGAAACAAUAACUGUUUAUGAAGGAACAAUCUCCCCAUUCACCCCAAGGCCAAUUUGUCCGAAUAAUGAAUUUGACAGUAACUUAGAGUACAAUAUUAUUGUGUUUGAUGUCGAGACAAACACAACAGGUAAAGCUGCCCAGUUGUGCCAGCUUUCAGCUGUUGAUAAGACCGGCCAAAAGUGUUUUUCCGAGUAUAUUUUGCCUGACAAAGACAUCGACAAAUAUGCCACACGGGUAAAUAAACUGACAGUAAAAUUAGUUGAUGGCAAACGAACACUUUUUAAAGAUGAUGUAGCUUUAAAAACACUUACCUGUCAAGAUGCAACUUCUCGAUUUGUCAACUAUAUUCACAGCUGCAUCGAAUCCAGCAAGGCUAGGACGAACAAAGGUGUAUGUACAGUUGUAAUCGGCCAUAAUGCAAGGCGUUUCGACAUCCCGAUAUUGCUUCGUAACAGUGCCAGUGAAAUUCACGCUAAAAUGCAAGCUUUAGGGAUUUGUUUUGGCGACAGUCUUCCAUUGUUCGAGCACCUGAUAAAGAUCAAACAUCCAGCGUUAACCCAAUCAAAUGGUCGAAGAUGUUCGUCAAACCAGUCGUCGAUCUACGAGGGUUUAUUCAACGAGAAAUUUGCUGCACACGAUGCCAAGGAGGAUGUGGUGGCGCUUCGAAGAAUUUUGUUUUCCUCACCGAUCAAUCUGACCGAGCAGGAUAUCAUCACAUACUGUAAACCAAUCUCUAGUGGCGAUGCUCUGAAAGACACCCGAUAUUUGGACAAACGGUACCAGUUACUUCAGACAAUGCGAUGCAAAUUGUACAGCGAAGUCAGUUCCGAUCAGGCACCAAUAACCAAAAGCAUGGCAGAAAAGAUUGCCGGCAGCGGAUUAUCGUACGACGAUCUGAUGCAACUGUUUGUCAAACACGGUAGAAAGGCACUGAUCACUGUGUUUUCAAAGCCUCCAACAACAUCCAAAAAGAACAAGCCAAGAGUGACCAAAAAACCGAGAAUUUUAGCCGCCAUUAUACAGCAUUUCGAACGAAUAUAAACAGUUUGACUGAUUGAGAAAAAUUUGUAAUCAACCAAGUCGGUUAACCCACGCGUUUCGUGUCGUUCACGCAUUAUAUAGUUAGCGCACGCGCAGAUCGUGCUCAUGUCGUGUGGAUUUUUUUUCACGUUCGCGCCUGGUCGCGCCGAAUUUAGGGGCGAAUUUCUCGUGUUUCCUUCGGUGAAUUUUUUUUAAACUUUGUAUUUUUGUUGUAAAAGACAAGUGGUAAAACAUAUCCAAAUUUCAAGAAAUUCUAUAAAUAAUUUUUUCUGUAACACUUAUUCAUGAAUAUCUCGAAAAAUUAUUUAUAAAUUUCCUUUAAAUUUUGAUAUGUUACUCCUUUGUAGACUUAUAAAUGGUAAAAAAAAAUUCAGAAAAAUUAACCGAAGGAAAAUAAAAAUAUUGUCGAUUUAUUGCGAAAUUAGACAAUAAAAGCGCAAAAGAUAACAUGACAUAGUUUCCAUGGCAACACUAACACUGUUCCUAUUUGUCCAUAUAUGGACAGUACAAAGCUUCUUAACUUCCCUGAAAAUGAUCAUAUUGCCCUACCGUAAAUGUAUUCAAUAUAAACAUGGUCGGACGCGAAUGUUACCUAAAAUAUCUCAAAUUUUAGAAAACUGUAGGGAGCCACCUUAAGUAUUUGGUAGUUUUUGACUUACCAUACUGAUACAAAUAUAUCCAUUUAUACUACAAUUAUGUCCACUCUUAUCUUCAAAAUGACAAAAUAUAAAAUUGAAGUUUGUUUCGUCCUUUAUUACACGCCAUAAAGAUGAUAUAGUGUGCACAUAAGUUCAUAAUCUUGAAAGAAUGCCUGGUGUUGCUAAAUAUCUUCGUACAAAGCCAAAAAAUAUGCUUUGUCGCAAUAAUAUAUGAAACUCGAAAAUCGUGUUGUGUUGCUCAUUGUUUACCUCAAAUCCGAUUUCACAUAUCUCAAGAGGAGGUGGAAGUGACCUAUCCUGUAUAAUUUUCACUAUGGCGCGCGAGUGACUGGUUCCGAGAGUAGGCAUUUUGACGUAUGGCAUAUAGUAAAAAUGCUAUUGCGAAACUCGUAAAUUUUAAGAUUUUGAUCGCAAUUUACAAAAAAACUGCAGGGUGAACCCGCAAGAACUUUUUAGAUUUGGAUUCAGCGUGACUUCAUCUAUAAGAAUAUGUAAUUUUUUUUAGUUUAAAGAGGUGUGCAACGAAAAUCGUUUUCUAGCCAUCUUUUGGGGCACUAGACGACGGCCUACAUGCAUCUUCGAAGAAAGUUAAAUUUCGUCAAUAUUUCGUCGUAGAAAUAAAUACAGUAGUUUAUAUUUCGUAGAGUGGCGUGGUUGUAUUUUUACAUCUUAGACCAAAAUGCUCAGCUGUAUUAUUGCUAGUCAUGAAACUAUUUUGGAUUAAGUGAUGUCUUCAUUUUCAGCAAGGUUGACACGCGAUCAGCACGCUGAAACAUGCGUGAUCAUGAGUUUCCUAUAUCCAUGGUCGGAUUAAGGAAAUUUAUCACCUUUUGGCAAAGUCAUGCAUGCUCAAUACCGAAUAGAUUCCAUAUAUUCAAUUUAAAUUAUAACAUAAAACAAGCGAUAUUUCACAAAUACCAAUAGUGAUGGAUAUACUGCAAAGGCUGACGCGCGUUGGUUGUCAUGAAACAUUGAACGCUUAUUUACAGGGUCUGAGGGAAGCAAUAUCUCCAUGACCGCUGGUUUUACAUGUGUUAGAAAAUGUGGAAAUGUUUGACCCUUCUCAUAACGAAAAGAAAUAUAUUUUUUUACUUACACUCGGCAUACGUUUUGUUUUAGAUUGCCGUCCAAAUUGCAAGGUAAGCUUAUUAUUUUUUAACAGCGUUAUAGAUAAUCGAUCUUAAAUUGCUUGAUACAAUAUGUGAGCGUUGUACAGUAUUCAUCAUUCAAGACGAGAUAAUCUGUAUUUUGCCGUUGUAAACCGAGCAACGACGGCGUCUAAAACUCCGUUGGAUUUUAAUUUCAAAUUUCUGCUUAAUUGUCUUGCAUUAAUAUGAUGGUAACAGGCGUAUUCGUUGCACUUUCAUCAUUGCACUUGCGUAUAGACAUGCAAACUCGCCUAUUUCAGGGCUUCAAGCAAGCCAGCAGAUAAUGAGCGUUGAAUGAUUACACGAGCAGCUCCAUCUUACAAACGUUGAAAUUCUUGGUUACAUCCUACAGAAGCUGUAUCGUUUUGCAACAACAGAACCACGGUUUCCUGUUAACGGAUAUAUUUAAUUCAAUGGACCUAUUCCCUAAUGAACAAAAUUUUGAUCUAGUCAAGUCUCGACAUAUAUUUCACCACGGCUUGAAAGAGCGUCACAAAAGUAGUAAUAUUCCGAAGUUUCGUUGCGAAAUGUUGUAAAAUGAGGAUAAUAUAGCCCUGCGAAGUUUGCCGUUUUUCAGUCAUUUUGUAUUACGCGCGGGAAAUUGAUACCUUUUUUCAGAAAGCGGUAUCAAUUUCCCGUGCGUAAUACAAAAUGACUGAAAAACGGCAAACUUCGCAGUGCCAUAUUAGUGAGCUUAAGCAAUUGACGUUUUUGACAACACGGACGUCGACCGGAAAUAAAGUUGACGUUUUUCACCAAUCACAGCCCUUCUGCCUUUGACCCAGUCUUCUGACGUUACUCAUGCCGUUCGUGUUGUCAAAAACGUCACUUACUUAAGCUCACUAUUAUCUGCAUUUCACAACAUUGCGCAACGAAAUUUUGGAAUAUUACUAAUUUUGUGAUGCUCUUUCAAGCUGUGGUGAAAUAUUUGUCUAGACUUGUCUAGAUCAAAAUUUUGUUCAUUAGGGAAUAGGUCCAUUGAAAAGUGUGCAAAUGUGAACAAACGUGAAUUUGUCUCAAGCUGAGAGUUCGUUAGUACAGUAGUUUGGCGUAGAUCAUAUCAGCCAGUGAUUACAACUUCCUGUGUUAUCAACCUGAAUUAAAAAUGUUGAUAUCAGGACGGUAUAUGAGGCUGUAAAUGUAGGUAGUACUAAAUGUCGAUCAUUACCUACAUCAAUGCUGGAUAACUCCAUUACGUUUAGAUUCUUACAUGUAGAAACAUUUUUCCUAGUUAGGAAACGAGGAUUUUAAAAACAGGAUUUUCUCCAGGGUGCAAAGUUAGUUAAUUUCCACUUUAAGGUGGCUCGAUACAGUUUUCAAAAAUUCAGGUGUUUAACCAUGGAUUGUAAAAUAACUGGAUAGGAAACUUCCUGACGUCACAGUCUAAACCUAGUUGCAAUCUGUGACGUCAUGUGUAUUGCGAAAACUUUCAGCAUUUUUGUUGUUUCGCUAUAUUUUCCGCUUCAAAAGAGUAAUAUUGAAGCAUAAAUUGGUAUAAUUGUUUUAAAAACAUGCCUAAGCCACGACAAAGUAUUUAAGGUAAGUGUUUUUCGUCUUUGUUUUGUAUUUUUUAACAUUUGUAGCUACGAAAUUGGCGUCGCCAUUUUUUACGAAAUUUGCGAUGCAUUUUUCAGUGUUUAGUGCUUGAAAUAUUUGCUAAAAUUGACCGGGAAUACUUAGAGAUUUCAUUGUAGAAUGGCUUAGUCAUGUUUAUUUGCUCUUUGACUAAAAUGUUUAGCUGUAUUAUCGCUAAACAUGCCGUUUUUGAGAAUUUGGUUUGCAACUAGGUUGCAACGCCAUCAUCCCAUUGAAAACAUUAGGUCACGUCAGCUAGUUUCCUAUCCAUGUAUUUUAUUUAUCCAUGGUUUAACACUUUGACAUGUUCAAACUACGUAUUUUUAGGAUUUAUUCAGCAGAUAUUGGGUUUUUUAUAUAUUUUGAUAACUCUACUUUCAAAUUAUAUUAGUUUUAGUAACAGAUAGAUCGUUGCUAUGACGACAUACGUGUACGAAAUUCACUCCAAAGUGGCCUAUCGUCUCGUAUAGUUGGAAAAAAAGCAUGGUGACCCCCAAUUAUUUUUCGUGCAUUAUUUUACUUGGACGAAAAGCUAACAAUUAGCAAAAUAUAAAAAUAUUCUGUAAUGCCAUUUUUUUGGAAAAGCGAAAAUGUCAUAUUCUUCGGUAAAAUUUUUUUGGCGUUACAGAAUUUUUUUAUUUUUUGUAUAAUAAAAGUUUUUAGCGGUGCAAUACAGCAUGCAAAAUUUGAACAUAUGUCACCAGACAAAAUAAAGAGAUAUAGCGCAUUGUUUUUCUAAAAUGGAAAAUUCUAAUGACGUCAGCAAUUGACAUAAAACGCUAUAGAACACGCGGAAUGGCGUGAUAUGACGUGAGCAACUGCUCACGUCAGGUCACUUUGGAAGUUCUUUCAUUUUGUUAAUCAGUUUCCGCGACCUGCGCGUAAAAAUAUUCGCCCGGUUUUGAGUUCGAGAUUCUUGAGCAAGAUUUUUGUGAUAACUAUAUCGAGCCACCUUAACUGUAUUGUACCGAAAGGGUGAAACCAAGUUCAUUAGAAGAAAAUAAUGCUAUAUACGUUAAGGUCCGUUUACACGGGCGAUUUUUGCUGCGAUUUUAGUUGAGAUUUUCUCUUUUUGGAGGAUGUGAAGGAGUAGGUGAGUUAUAAAUGUUCCAGGUUGUGAAAUCUUAUAACAACUUCGUAAUCUACUCCUUCACAUCCUUCAAAAGGAGAAAAUCGCAACUAAAAUCGCAGCAAAAAUUGCCAGUGUAAACGGGCCUUAACGAUGCGAUUAAAGUGGAGAGCAGGUUUUAUUGCAAGAUUCGCUUCUUAGUGGGUAUUAUACUAUGCAGUAAACAGAAAGUUGUUUGUACAAAAUUUAGAUUAUUCCUUGCAACUUCUCCUAUAAACCGUUUUUUUUCAGUCAUUUUGCAUUACAAACGGGAAAUUGAUAAUCAGAUGAUCAAACUGAUUAUCAAUUUCCCGUUUGUAAUACAAAAUGACUGAAAAACGGCAAACUUCGCAAGGCCAUAUUAUCCACAUUUUACAACAUUUCGCAACGAAACUUCGGAAUAUUACUAAUUUUGUGAUGUUCUUUCAAGCUGUGAUGAAAUUUUUGUCUAGACUUGUCUAGAUCAAAAUUUCACUCAAAAGGGGAAAGGUCUAUUGUAACUUUUCUGCACCGUUUUCAAAAAACACUCCAGCGUAGCGUGAACUUAGUCUUAAAGAUUUAAGCCGGUUUUCCACUUCGCCCGUAUCGUAGCGAAACGUACUGGUGAGCAUGCGCAGAUUGAAAAGAGGUUUAUAAAACCACGUACUUCCGGUUUUAUUCUCGUAUCAAAAUAAAAAGUUCGUCGCAAGUCAACUUUUUGGCGUACUAUACGGAAGUACUAACCAAUCAACAUUCACGAAAUUUUGAAAUUUAAAAUCGUUUUUGAUACGUUACGGUACGAUACGCUUGAAGUGGAAAACGGCCUUAACGGCUUGUAAAUAUUUCCCUGUAGUUUGUCUCGACUGGUUUCUCGACAGCCUGUGUUAAGGUACUGCGUGAUAUUGAUGAAGGAGACGAAAUCACUUGUUACUAUGGCGACGACUUCUUUGGUGAUGCCAACUGUAAAUGCGAGUGUGUUACGUGCGAGAGACGUGGUAAAGGUGCAUUCAGUUGUCAUGACAGCAAGGACGCGGAGGAAAAGAAGUACAGUUUUCGUGAUACCAGCAAGAGAGUGAAGAGAGAUACUCAUAGAAUAAGAGGUAAGAUGAGAAUCUCUAGAUAAAUUUAACCACGUUGACCCCGACCAAAAAAUCCCGCUAACAUCGACAAUAGACAGAUUUAGAUCCAGGACGCGGACGUCAAAAAAACGACGUGAAAAUGGCGUGUUGUGCCCAUGUAUGGAUAUCCCACGCCAUUUUGACGCCAUUUCCACGUCGUCUUUGACGUCCGCGUCCUCGAUCUAAAUGUGUCUCUUAGUUUGUUGACGCCAAUAGAAGAUUUGGUUUCUAAUUUUGUGAAAUCCGAACCCAUUAUCACGCGCCGCGGUUCAUGUUCCGAUAUCUGCUUACUGUACCAACCCAAAUGUUGCGGUAGCAGUAAUCAUGUUGUCGCAGUUCCAUGAUUUACAUCUUGAAAUGUUGAUAUGUCAACUCAGGGUCACCACUCAGAAUUGCAAUAUUUUGACAGAAAAAAGUUACUGUCAGUGCACUUAGAAUUUUGAUAAUCUUUUAGCCGUUUGGCCAUGUAACGUAAAAAUAAUUUGGAUAACAUGUCGUCGGGGGUUUCAUCCUAAGGUAAAUUUAAGUUGCAAAAAUGGGCACUACUAGGGUUUCUGGGAUCCCGGUAACGUUUCAAAAUCAGAUGUUUCCUAUUAACUAAAAUGCAUUUCCCAUAAAACAUUUGUUUCAUUUUUCUAUAGUCUAUACAUUUACACACUAUAGCAUUAUUAAGAUAGAUUCACUUAUUAAGAUAGAUGCAUUUCUGACGUUAUGCCUACUGUACAGGUAACAUUAUUUCUUUGAAUACUUUUCCUCUAAAUUUUUACAAUUAUGUUGUUUUCUUUCUUGGCGAAAUAUUUUCUGGGAACUGAAAACUUUUUCUGACACUAUUGAAAGGUGGCGUGGUCCGAUACUUUUUCUACCCCUGUUGCCAGGUGAAGUUGAAUGAUUUUUUUCUUUUGUCAGAUUUAAUUGUGGAAAAUACAACUUGUGGUUACGAUUCAGGAGUUGACUGUUGUGAACGUCCAGUUUCAGAUGAACAUAACGACCACAACAACCUACAACCAGCCAAAUCUACAGAGUACACGAACAGUGCGAUCUCUGUUGCAGGAUUAUAUGACAAUGUCGCGUGCAAUUCGAUGAAACCUGCUAAGAUCACAGAUGAAUCAAUCGUGCUGGAGCAAAAGAGCAGUUCUCAUAGUGAAAAGCAGAUGAAGCCCAUACGUAAAAAGAAACGACGACAUCUUCUCACUGUCCGUCGGAGGAAAAAUCGCUCUCGAAACGUUCUUCUGUCAUGUGAACAGACUGCUGGUACAUAUGAUCAAACUAUCAACGCACGUGAACAAACUGCUGGUACAUAUGAACAGGUUACCAACGCACGUGAACAAACUACCAACGCACUUGAACAAACUGUGAUGAACGUGAAGAAAACUGUAGUGCGGCUGACAUUUUUAGUGAUAUUCAGGGGAUGGCAAUCGACCUUACAUCACUUGCGGCAGUUGACCAACUCUCAAGCUCACAGUUGCAUCUGGGUAACACGAGGUCUGUGGAAAUGGACACACAGCACGACAUUGUUAACAUAACUGAUCACGUGAGUGAUGAUAUUGUGCACGUGAGUGAUGAAUGUCAGGACAUAAUUUUUGAGUCUAAUCAAGAUCCCCCAAUGCAUGUGGAGAGUGUUGUUUCUGAAUUAAAUGGCGUGCUGUAUAGAACGAAUCAAGUGAAUAAUGAAGAAGUUGAUGACUGCAUGGUGUCACAUUCAAGUAACGUGAUAUUUCUAACCAGUCACGUGAACAAUGCCACAGAUGACGUAACCUGUGGCAAUGAUGACGUGUUUACGGAAAUCAAGCAAGUGACGGAUAUGGCCGGGCAGAGUAGACUUGUGUGCGAUGGAGGUGUUUGGAAAAGUUUGGAAAACACUGAACUCCAGCCCAUGAUAAAACACUGCUCUUUAUGA